AUGUUGUACAAGCCCUUCAUGAACAUGCUUAUCGAAAAUAACUUCAUCAAAACCCUCGAACCUGGCUUCGGCGUCAAUUCGAGACGGACGCUUUUAGAAGGCCGCGUUCUACAAACACUUGGCCGUUUCCAUGAUCCUGUCCCUGAAAGAGCGCCCUCUCCAUGCACGUCCUUCAAUAUGCAACUUCAAGAGUCAUCGAUCUGUACCCCCUUUAAUUUUCUUCGGUAUGCAAACCGCCACUUUUUCCAACAUGCAUUCGUAGACCCUCCUUCAACCUGGACUCUUGCGGCAUUCCGUAAGAUACAACCCGGACCUGCAGCACGCUCUGUAUUCGAAGACCACAUAGUCAAGGAAACGGCCCAGAGGACGAAUGAGAACGAUGAUCAAAAGGCAUCGAGGACAGCAGGCGCAGCUCAUUUGAAGGCAUUUCUAGCACCCGGCGCGCAAGAGGUAAAGAAAGAACAAGCAAAGCUUGAACCUUUGGAAUCGCGAAACAAGGUUGCCGAGGAACGGCAUCUGAAGAAGAUGUGUGAAAACUCAUGGGAGAAUAUUAUGGACUAG